ACCAGUUAUCGUGUCUCCAGAAUGAGUACUCAGCAAACAAAACCCGGAUGUGUCUUCUGCAAUGCUAGCGCAGCUCGGGGUUUCAACAUCGUCUGGGAGGACGACGAGUUCAUAGCUUUCAGCGAUCGUAGCCCGGCCGCUCAGCAUCACGUCUUGCUCAUCCCCAAGAGGCACAUCGAUAGCAUCAAGUCUUUGCACCAGGCGGAUGUGGCGCUAGUUGAACGCAUGAACGAGAUCGGACAUUCCAUCCUGGACCAGCUGAACGUCGCGAAGGACCUGCGCCGCAUGGGCUACGUGAUCCCGCCGUUCAAUUCCAUAUAUCAUCUGCACCUCCACGUGCAGGGCCUCCCGUACACCUCCGCGCUCAAGUCGCUGAUGUACCAGGUCUCCACGGGUACGGGUAACAACGAUAAGGGCUUCGGCUGGUUCGUAGAUAUCGACCAGGCGAUUGCUAUCCUGAAUAAGGGGCACACCGUCGGUGUCUUUGCAUGUUAACGAGCGAGUCUGAGAAUACAUGUGGAUAAUACGAGCUUUUUGACGCUAGCGGCCUUCGCGAGCCGCUGAUCAUGACAGCUAUGAGCGCGGGAAAUUCUCAAGGUGCCUGUUCCGCAUCGCAUUGCUAUGGCAGAUCAUUCUCAACGAUCUCCGGUAUGAGAACGCUCUCCAUUCGUUCGACGUCGCUGGACUGCGUCUGCCGGAGACUGACCAAGACGACUAUCAGAGUCGGAUAAAUGCCCUGCAGCCAACGAACACCUUGUGAGCUCUAGUACGAUUUUCCCUGUGCGCCUACAGACGUACCGUGAACUGCGCCAACAGGUCCAGCACCACGUACACGCCGUCCGUGCGCGCCACGAACGUGAUGACCACGGC